CUUGCAAACAUAAGCAGUCAAUGCUUCUUUUCUCUGUUCUCAGCCACUUCUCUCUGCAAUCUUUGCAUAAUUUUAUACCCAAAUGGUGAAGAUACACAAUUGCACUUACCCACUAGAGAGUUAAGAGAAGAACACUUGAUUUUCUAAAUCAAAAUAUUUGCUUUCAAUGGAUCUCACAAGCCCCAGAUGUUUCCAAGCUCCAACCUUUAUCUCAUCUAGUGUGGUAAAAACUCCACAUUUGGCUUUGGUUUUGUUUCUUUGUCUUUGUUUUUAUUUACCCAAUUGGGUGUUAGUUACUGUGCUUCUGAGUUCUGGGUUUUGGCGUGUGAUACAGGAACCACCAUUGGAGAGUAGCACAAGUUUCUAUGGGAAAAGCAAGACCAACCCAUUUGCAGAGAACUUCCCUGACCCGCUAUGCAAGCUUAAUCUUAAAGAGACAGCUGAGUUUGUCAAGUCAUUCCCACUGCCACCACCAAGCAUUGGCUGCCCAGAAAGCAAUAGAAGCAACUUUCUUGACUCCUCAGCUCAGAGAAGAGAGGGAGUGACCUCUGUUGUCACACACAAGAAAGUUCUAGAAGCUCCUCCCACUCCAGGAAGGCCUGUGUUCAGUUUCAGUGUUGGGAAUCUUUCCAGAAAGAACUUCCCUUCAAAGUGGGAUGAUGCUGAGAAAUGGCUCAUAAGUAGUUCUUGCCAUGACUCCCCUGCUCACAACACCACAAAGGUUAGCAAUGCCAAGCAAUGUGACAACUUUAAGCAGCAACAAAUGGAGGUGGCCAAAGCAGUCUCAAGCUUUCAGAGGUCUUCUUCUUUGAACAAUCACAACAGUUCUCUCAAGGGUGGCUUAGGCUCAAUGGAUGUGCUCCCUAAAGAUAAGUUUGUAGAUGACAUAGAACCAAUUAUGCCAAAUUUAAAGUACAUGGAGCCAACUAGAGAAGGGUUUCUUUUCCAAAACUCAGCCUGCGAAGCCAUGAAAGAUGCAGGCACAGACCAGUGUCAUCAGAUAGAACAUAAGGAUGUUGGUACAGAGAUGACACCUCUUGGAAGUUCAACAACUUCGAGGUGUCACACACCAUUCAAGUACCCAUCACCGGCGCGCCAUAACACCCCUGAAAAUAGGUCAGGGCCUUUGGCCUUGGGGCAUACUAGCAGCACCAUUAGCACUAUUGACAUUACUCAGUUGCAAGAAUGCCAUUUAGCUAAGCUUCAACUUGGGACACAAUAUGAUUCAGUUGCGUCGACUUGGAACUCAAGGGAAGAUGAAGAAAUGGAAAUAUCAAAGAGCUUGAGGCAUUUUGACAAUGUAUAUGCAGGCAAUGGAUACCGGGAAGGUAUGUCUGAACCAAGAGCUGCUGCUUGGGAAGAGGAAGAAAAUAAUAAAUGCUGCCUUAGGUAUCAGAGAGAAGAAGCAAAAAUUCAAGCCUGGGUCAACCUCCAAAGUGCAAAAGCAGAAGCUCAAUCAAGAAAGCUUGAGGUGAAGAUACAGAAGAUGAGAUCAAACCUGGAGGAGAAGUUGAUGAAGAAAAUGGCUGUUGUGCACAGAAAAGCUGAGGAACUGAGAGCAGAAGCCAGGCAACAACACACUGAUCAAAUUCACAAGGCCACCAACCAAGCACAGAAGAUGAUUAGUCGGCACAACCCUCAUUUUUCUGGCCACAUUUCCUGCGGUUGCUUCCCUUGCAGUAACCACAACCGAUCAUGAAAAAGUCAAAAUGCAUUCCUUGCUCUGUACUUGUAGUGUCACAGUGAAAAUCAGAACU